AUGAAAAAUAAUGAAUCCAAUAAUGACAAAUGUUGUGAUGAUUACAUUUAUAUGAAUGAGAAUUUUCCAGUCCCAUUAGAUGCAAUAGAAUUGUCCGAUAAUAAUAAUGAUAAUAAUCAUUAUACAAUUAAUUACACAAACUAUGGAAUUGACACAUUUCCAUCGCCUAUAUGCUUUGCUUACAUUGCACACUUGUUUACUUUGAUUAGUGCAAUUCUUGACCAGCCAAUAAUUUAUCCUAAAGAUUUUCUUGAAAUUUAUCCUAAAUUAAAAUUAGUGGAUAUUUAUACUCGUGAUAUUUCUCAGUCAGAUCGUUGCCUGGCAAUGUGUAUACUAAAGCGUAAUAUCUUCUCUUUGGGUUCAAGAUUUAAUUUGUAUUUAACACCAGAAGCUCAUGCGUUGUAUAACUUGAAGUACCUAUUUGACCACUUCCAGAAUAGUGAGUCAAGUUAG